GUGCACGUUCUUAUUCCAGUAAUCAUGACAAUGAAUCUUUUGAAGCGUUUACCGAACGAUAUGUGAAAUUUUUUGAAGGAGUUGACGAUCAGUUUGAAUUGAAAAGAGGUCUUAACAACUGUUUUGCUUAUGACUUAGUGCCGGCGCCAUCGGUCAUUGAAGCAUCUCUUAGAGCCGCCAGACGUGUAAAUGAUUUUUCUACCGCCGUUCGAAUUUUUGAAGGUAUCAAACAAAAAGUUGAAAAUUCUAGUCAAUAUAACCAGUAUUUGGAGGAAUUGAAACCUAUCAAGGAUGAAUUGGGAAUAUUGACUAAAGAGGAGAUGGACGGUUUUGUUUCUAAGACUCUUGUACAGACUUUGGGGUCAGAUCCUAGUGUAAAAAGUUCUAAAACUUUGGGUAUUAAUGUUAUUGUUACUGUCAAAGGUGGCAUAAAAUAUCAAGGCCUUUUAUCCCGUGCUUGUACAGAAAGUGAAUUGGGUGUUGUCUUGAAAUGUGCUCGAAAAGUCCUCUCUAAACAAGAUGAAAAGACCAUACCUAAUGGUAUGAUAAAUGAGUUUAUUAUAUUUGCAAGAGAUUUGAUGGAAAUUUAUGCUACCGGCGUAGAUUUUUCCUCGUCCGAAAAAACUUCAACUGAACGUGAAGAUGCCGAUAUUAGUGGCCGGACUGAAAUUAGAGAACGUGAACUUCAUAAAUGGACACCAGAUGAAUCGGGUGAAACUUUGAAGGAGUCUGCCAAUGCAAGUUGGGAUCAAUUUGCCGCUAAUGAACAAUUAUUCGGUUUGACAACCGAUUACAAUGAAGAGAUCUAUACAACAAAAUUAGACCGAUCAAAAGCAGAUUAUAAAGAACGAGAAAGAAAAGCCAUUAAUUUAGCUAAUGAGAUAACACGGGAACGCGGUUACAUUGUCGAUGAUCAAAUAGAUGAAGAAGAAAGAGAUCCAAGUAAAUACAUGCCACCACAUUUACGAAAACAACAAGAGCAACAAAUACAACAAAAUGGAGUGACGCCAGCUGUAAAAAAGACAGAGACAAAUAAUGAAGUUACUAAGGAUGCCAAAGUUAAACCGCCAGAAGAUAUAAAGCCCACAACAAAAUCCGCACAACCCGCCACAAAUCCUACCUCUCCUUCAUCUUCUAUACCGAAAAUUCCACCGUUUACACCAUCACCCUCAUCUUUGUCUAGUUAUCGAAUUCCAGAACACGUAAUGGCUUCUCUUCAGAUUCCGCGGUUUGCUACAAGCGAAAAAGAACGUCUUCAGCAAAGAAAACAAGCGAUUUUCAAAAAGGAAAUGGAUGGUAAAAUGGCUGAAUUACUUAAGUGGGGUCAAAAUUUCAAGCUGAAUUCACCGUUACCUGAAGAUCUUAUCCCAAUUUUGACUAAAGAUGAAACAAAACAACCAAAAGUAGAGUUUGUAAAACCAUCAAUUAAGAUUGAAGAAGUUCAACCACCAAAAUCAAAUGGAGAGUCAAAAACAACUUCUUCAGAAAAAGUCGUUUCAGAAAAACCUACUUCAGCAGCUGAUAAAGCACCACCACAGUUCCCUCCUACCAGAACUCCUGCGACAACACAGACGAACACUAAGUUAAAUGCUAAAGCACCUGAAUGGAAACCUAAUCCUAAUGCGGCAAGUUUCACACCGGAAGACAUCUACUCGCAAGCAGCUGCAAAUCAAAGUUUCGGUUUCGCUGCUUACCCAGUAGCUGCUCCUUAUCGAUAUCCUUCUGGUACUACUCAAUUUGUUGGUGUUCCACCUAUGCCCUUGCAGCAAGCGACUCCAAUGCCAUAUUUGCAACCAAGUUCUCCUGGACGCACCCCCAUCGUUCCUACUGGUAUACAUCCUCAAAUUUACCAACCAUACCAAAAUCAACAUGGUAAAUAA